AUGUCUCCUGUACCUAUUACUCCAAUCAAGGUCGGUCACGUAGACGAUGUUCAAGAACUCAGAAGGUCUAAGCCUAUGAAAAUCCCCACGAGAUUUGUCCGGGAUAUAGAUGAGAGACCAACUCUAGAGACUGUCGCUCUGCCUCCACCUUGUGAAGUUCCAGUUGUUGAUUUGUCUAAGCUUAUGAGUGGAACAAAAGAUGUGAGCAACGCUGAAAUAUCACUACUUGCAGCUGCCUGCCAGGAGUGGGGAUUUUUUCAGGUGGUUAAUCACUGUAUUGAUUUGGGUGUGUUCGAGAGAAUAGAGGAGGUGGCAAAGGAUUUCUUCAUGCUGCCUCUGGAGGAAAAGCAGAAAUACCCAAUGGCUCCAGGAACUGUUCAGGGGUAUGGUCAGGCCUUUGUGUUCUCUGAAGACCAGAAGCUCGAUUGGUGCAAUAUGUUUGCUCUUGGCAUCGAACCAAAGUUCAUUCGGGAUCCAAAGUUAUGGCCUAAGAGUCCACCUGAAUUUAGCGAACUUGUGGAGACUUAUUCAAUGGAAGUAAGGAAGCUGUGCCAGAGUCUGUUGAAAUAUAUAGCCACAGGCCUUGGGUUGAGAGGUAACAUGUUCGAGGAGAUGUUCGGGGUAGCCGUGCAAGCCAUCAGGAUGAAUUACUACCCUCCCUGUGCGAGGCCUGAUCUUGUCCUCGGUUUGAGUCCUCAUUCGGAUGGAAGUGCUCUGACCGUACUGCAGCAAGAUAAAGGUGGCUCGGUAGGGUUACAGAUACUCAAGGACAAUAAAUGGGUGCCAGUUCAACCUAUUCCGAAUGCUUUUGUGAUCAACAUUGGUGACACGAUUGAAGUCCUCACGAACGGAAAGUACAAGAGUGUGGAACAUAGAGUCGUGACUCAUAAGGAAAAGGACCGUCUAUCAAUCGUUACGUUCUAUGCCCCCAGCUAUGACGUAGAGCUCGGCCCAAUGCCAGAAUUUGUGGACAAGAGCAACCCAUGCAAGUAUAGGAGAUACAAUCAUGGGGAGUACAGCAAGCAUUAUGUGACCAACAAGCUGCAAGGGAAAAAGACCCUCGAGUUCGCUAAGGUUCAAAUCGAGAACUCAAGUUGAAAG